AUGAGGGUGGAGGAACACACCCACAGAGUGGCAGCACUGUCCAUAUCCAAUCAAUACGACCCGAGGGACCACAGGGACGACAGUGACCACAGGGACGACAGUGACCACAGUGACCACAGGGACGACAGUGACCACAGUGACCACAGGGACGAAAGUGACCACAGUGACCACAGGGACGACAGUGACCACAGUGACCACAGUGACCACAGGGACGACAGUGACCACAGUGACCACAGGGACGACAGUGACCACAGGGACGACAGUGACCACAGUGACCACAGGGACGACAGUGACCACAGGGACGACAGUGACCACAGGGACGACAGUGACCACAGGGACGACAGUGACCACAGGGACGACAGUGACCACAGGGACGACAGUGACCACAGGGACGACAGUGACCACAGUGACCACAGGGACGACAGUGACCACAGGGACGACAGCGACCACAGGGACGACAGCGACCACAGGGACGACAGUGACCACAGGGACGACAGUGACCACAGGGACGACAGGGACCACAGGGAGGACAGUGACCACAGCGACGACAGUGACCACAGCGACGACAGUGACCACAGCGACGACAGUGACCACAGCGACGACAGUGACCACAGCGACGACAGUGACCACAGGGACGACAGCGACGACAGUGACGACAGCGACGACAGUGACCACAGCGACGACAGUGACCACAGCGACGGCAGUGACCACAGCAACGACAGUGACCACAGCGACGACAGUGACCACAGGGACGACAGUGACCACAGGGACGACAGUGACCACAGGGACGACAGUGACCACAGGGACGACAGGGACCACAGGGAGGACAGUGACCACAGCGACGACAGUGACUACAGGGACGACAGUGACUACAGGGACGACAGUGACCACAGCGACGACAGUGACCACAGCGACGACUGUGACCACAGGGACGACAAUGACGACAGUGACCACAGGGACGACAGUGACCACAGGGACGACAGUGACCACAGGGACGACAGUGACCACAGGGACGACAGUGACCACAGGGACGACAGUGACCACAGUGACCACAGGGACGACAGUGACCACAGGGACGACAGUGACCACAGGGACGACAGUGACCACAGUGACCACAGGGACCCCAGGGACGACAGUGACCACAGGGACGACAGUGACCCCAGGGACGACAGUGACCACAGGGACGACAGUGACCACAGGGACGACAGUGACCACAGGGACGACAGUGACCAAGGGACCACAGGGACGACAGAAGAUUUUAAGAUUGAACCAGAACUGUCCCCCAGAUCAACAGCUCUAAUGGAGGUGUUAGAAGAAACAUUUGAAAUAGAAGUAACACUAGAGGACGUCAAGAACCCACUGGAGGAGCUUGAUGUGAUGAAAGCCACAGGUCCUGACAAGAUCUCACCAUGGGUCCUAGAAGAGGGAGCUGCAGCACUGUGUGGACCCCUUAUUAUAGUCUUCAACUCCUCACUGGAAAUGGGGGAACUUCCCGGUUCCUCCAAAGUGGCUGCGUCCCAGCCCCAACAGUACAGGCUGCGUCCCCAGCCCCAACGGUACAGGCUGCGUCCCAGCCCCAACGGUACAGGCUGCGUCCCCCAGCCCCAACGGUACAGGCUGCGUCCCAGCCCCAACGGUACAGGCUGCGUCCCCAGCCCCAAAGGUACAGGCGGCGUCCCCAACCCCAACGGAACAGACGUCGUCUCCAGCCCCAACGGUACAGGAAACUUCCCCAGCCCCAACGGUACAGGAGGCGUCCCCAGCCCCAACGGUACAGGAGGCGUCCCCAGCCCCAACGGUACAGGAGGCGUCCCCAGCCCCAACGGUACAGGAGGCGUCCCCCAACCCCAACGGUACAGGAGGCUUCCCCAGCCCCAACGGUACAGGAGGCUUCCCCAGCCCCAACGGUACAGGAGGCUUCCCCAGCCCCAACGGUACAGGAGGCUUCCCAGCCCCAACGGUACAGGCGGCGUCCCCCAGCCCCAACGGUACAGGGGGCUUCACCCAGUUCCAACGGUACAGGAGGCUUCCCCCAGUCCCAACGGUACAGGGGGCUUCCCCCAGUCCCAACGGUACAGGGGGCUUCCCCCAGUCCCAACGGUACAGGGGGCUUCCCCCAGUCCCAACGGUACAGGGGGCUUCCCCCAGUCCCAACGGUACAGGGGGCUUCCCCCAGUCCCAACGGUACAGGGGGCUUCCCCCAGUCCCAACGGUACAGGGGGCUUCCCCCAGUCCCAACGGUACAGGCGGCGUCCCCCAGCCCCAACGGUACAGGGGGUUUCCCCCAGUCCCAACGGUACAGGAGACUUCCCAGCCCCAACGGUACAGGAGGCUUCCCCAGCCCCAACGGUACAGGAGGCGUCCCCCAGCCCCAACGGUACAGGCGGCGUCCCCCAGCCCCAACGGUACAGGGGGCUUCCCCCAGUCCCAACGGUACAGGAGGCGUCCCCAGCCCCAACGGUACAGGAGGCGUCCCCAGCCCCAAAGGUAAAGGAGGCUUCCCCCAGCCCCAACGGUACAGGCGUCGUCCCCAACCCCAACGGUACAGGAGGCGUCCCCAGCCCCAACGGUACAGGAGGCGUCCCAAGCCCCGACGGUACAGGAGGCUUUCCCCAGACCCAACGGUACAGGCGGCGUCCCCCAGACCCAACGGUACAGGCGGCGUCCCCCAGCCCCAACGGUACAGGGGGCUUCCCCAGCCCCAACGGUACAGGAGGCGUCCCAGCCCCAACGGUACAGGCGUCGUCCCCAACCCCAACGGUACAGGAGGCGUCCCCAGCCCCAACGGUACAGGAGGCGUCCCUAGCCCCAACGGUACAGGAGGCGUCCCCCAACCCCAACGGUACAGGAGGCUUCCCCAGCCCCAACGGUACAGGAGGCUUCCCCAGCCCCAACGGUACAGGAGGCUUCCCCAGCCCCAACGGUACAGGAGGCUUCCCAGCCCCAACGGUACAGGCGGCGUCCCCCAGCCCCAACGGUACAGGGGGCUUCACCCAGUUCCAACGGAGACUUCCCAGCCCCAACGGUACAGGAGGCUUCCCAGCCCCAACGGUACAGGAGGCGUCCCCCAGCCCCAACGGUACAGGCGGCGUCCCCCAGCCCCAACGGUACAGGGGGCUUCCCCCAGUCCCAACGGUACAGGAGGCGUCCCCAGCCCCAACGGUACAGGAGGCGUCCCCAGCCCCAAAGGUAAAGGAGGCUUCCCCCAGCCCCAACGGUACAGGCGUCGUCCCCAACCCCAACGGUACAGGAGGCGUCCCCAGCCCCAACGGUACAGGAGGCGUCCCAAGCCCCGACGGUACAGGAGGCUUUCCCCAGACCCAACGGUACAGGCGGCGUCCCCCAGACCCAACGGUACAGGCGGCGUCCCCCAGCCCCAACGGUACAGGGGGCUUCCCCAGCCCCAACGGUACAGGAGGCGUCCCCAGCCCCAACGGUACAGGCGUCGUCCCCAACCCCAACGGUACAGGAGGCGUCCCCAGCCCCAACGGUACAGGAGGCGUCCCUAGCCCCAACGGUACAGGAGGCGUCCCCCAGCCCCAACGGUACAGGAGGCGUCCCCCAGCCCCAACGGUACAGGCGUCGUCCCCAGCCCCAACGGCGGCGUCCCCCAGCCCCAACGGUACGGGUGGCGUCUCCAGCCCCAACGGUACAGGAAGCUUCCCCAGCCCCAACGGUACAGGAGGCUUCCCCAGCCCCAACGGUACAGGAGGCUUCUCCAGCCCCAACGGUACAGGAAGCUUCCCCAGCCCCAACGGUACAGGAAGCUUCCCCAGCCCCAACGGUACAGGAGGCUUCCCCAGCCCCAACGGUACAGGAGGCUUCCCCAGCCCCAACGGUACAGGAGGCUUCCCCAGCCCCAACGGUACAGGAGGCUUCCCCAGCCCCCAACGGUACAGGAGGCUUCCCCAGCCCCAACGGUACAGGAGGCUUCCCCAGCCCCAACGGUACAGGAGGCUUCCCCAGCCCCAACGGUACAGGAGGCUUCCCCAGCCCCACGGUACAGGAGGCUUCCCCAGCCCCAACGGUACAGGAGGCUUCCCCAGCCCCAACGGUACAGGAGGCUUCCCCAGCCCCACGGUACAGGAGGCUUCCCCCCAACCCCAACGGUACAGGAAGCUUCCCCAGCCCCAACGGUACAGGAAGCUUCCCCAGCCCCAACGGUACAGGAGGCUUCCCCAGCCCCAACGGUACAGAGGCUUCCCCAGCCCCAACGGUACAGGAGGCUUCCCCAGCCCCAACGGUACAGGAGGCUUCCCCAGCCCCAACGGUACAGGAGGCUUCCCCAGCCCCAACGGUACAGGAGGCUUCCCCAGCCCCAACGGUACAGGAGGCUUCCCCAGCCCCAACGGUACAGGAAGCUUCCCCAGCCCCAACGGUACAGGAAGCUUCCCCAGCCCCUAG